AUGGCACAAACAAACUCUUCAAUUAUAGUGGGAGUUCACUAUAAGGUUGGAAAGAAAAUAGGUGAAGGGUCAUUUGGGAUAAUUUUUGAAGGAAUUAAUCUAUUAAACAAUCAACAGGUUGCAAUUAAGUUUGAACCUAGAAAGUGUGAAGCACCACAACUCAGGGAUGAAUAUAGAUCAUACAGAAUAUUGAACGGAAGCAUAGGCAUACCACAAGCGUACUUUUUCGGACAAGAAGGAGUACACAAUAUAUUGGUGAUUGAUUUAUUGGGACCUUCGUUAGAAGAUUUAUUUGACUGGUGUGGCCGUAAGUUCUCGUUCAAGACAGUAAUCCAGGUGGCCAAGCAAAUGAUCGGCCGGGUACAAAUUAUUCAUGAAAACAAUUUGAUUUAUAGAGAUAUCAAGCCCGAUAAUUUCUUGAUUGGCAAGCCAGGUACACUGCAGGCGAAUCAAGUAUACGUGGUUGAUUUUGGAAUGGCGAAGCAAUUCAGGGACCCAAAGUCCAAGUGCCAUAUUCCAUACAGAGAAAAAAAGGCAUUAAGUGGAACGGCGCGUUAUAUGUCUAUAAACACUCAUCUUGGGAGGGAACAACUGAGGCGAGACGAUUUAGAGAGUUUAGGACAUGUAUUUCUCUACUUUUUGAAGGGUGCUUUACCAUGGCAAGGCUUGAAGGCACCAACAAACAAACAAAAAUACGAAAAGAUCGGCCAGAAAAAGCAAAAUACGUCGGUAAAUGAAUUAUGCUAUGGCUUGCCAAUUCAGUUUGCACAAUAUUUGAGUUACGUUAGAGGAUUAAAAUUUGACGAAACUCCAGAUUAUAAUUAUUUAAUAUCAUUAAUGGAGAAAGCACUUAUAUCGAUUGACUCUACUGAAGAUGGUCACUAUGAUUGGAUGGACUUGAAUAACGGAAGGGGCUGGGAUGCUGCAUUAAAUAAAAAAGCCAACUUACAUGGCUAUGGUAACCCACACCCUCCCCAGAAUUCAUCACAGAAUGCCCAAUUGUACAAUAAGCAUAGAAAGUCGACCAAUACUCCUCCCCAGAAAUCUCAACGUACAAACCGUAAUAUACCACCACAAGACAGAAACCCUCGUUCUAAGUCAUUAACGUACGGCAACUAUAAUUCAAUAACUCAGGAUAGAAAUGGCCAACCAGCCACUAGAAACGAAUAUCAGGACGGCAUGAUACCAGUAAGAGAUGAUGGAGAUUUACAUUCAGACACAUCAAGCUUUAACGAAAGAAGACAAAAGGAAAAGGGUUGGUUCCGAAAAUUGUGCUGCUGCUUCUAA